UGCAGCGCUUCAGACUUGAGGAGUGACAACUUACGAUGGCGAGCGCUCUUCAUCUAUUCACCCCCUCGCUCUUCCCGGUUCUCUGGACGGACGCCACAGCUGCUGUGCUGAGCUGAGCUCACCGCCGGUUCAUUUCCCCCACCACAGGACGAGCCCAGCCGCCAACUCCUGCGAGGGCAGCUUGGAUAUUCAAGGACAUUUUAACGUUACCAUAGCUACUUUGGCCUUUUCUGUCGAUUGAGGAAAUCCAGCGCGCGAUUCUCCGGCGCUAUGAUGUGGCCAGAUUUUGUAAACACGGUCAGAAACGGCGGCUGAUAUCAAGCAAAAAAACAAAACUCCUGGGCUGAUGAUGAUGUUUCUCUACGUGUUAUCUUUACAUGUCGUACCCCCAGCCCUUCCUCUGCCGAAGGGCCAAACAAACGGCGAGGUAAAGGAAAUCAGUGGCUGACUUUCGAUGCGCUCAUCUCAAUUAUGGCAUCGUUUCCAGAGCUCGUCAAGUCGGCGGCUGCUUCGUGCUGAAGGGGAAAAAACAACAAACAAAAAACAAAACAAAACGUGUUGCUGGUGAAAGUAGUGACCCCGAAGCUCAGAGAAAGGCCGAUGAACUUUGAUUUGCUGAGUGCUGGAGUGUGGUGAAGCCAGGGGUGCAUCGCUGGAGUGCAUCAGGUCCAGGAGCCAUCAAUGUGGGCUUCAGCUGGUGAUUUGACGAGUCACAUAUAGGAGCCCCCGGAGUCUCUCCUGUCCCCUCUCCCCCUCCCUUCCCUCUGUCCCUCCCUCCCCCCUUCCCUUGUCAGUCUUCUCCCUGAUUCCCCUUUCUCCCUAUUCCAAGAUUCACCAUGCUUAUCAAGGAGUACCGCAUCCCCAUGCCCAUGAGUGUGGAGGAGUAUCGCAUCGCCCAGCUCUAUAUGAUCCAGAAAAAGAGCAGAGAAGAGAGCUGUGGUGAAGGCAGUGGGGUGGAAAUCCUAGAGAAUAAACCCUACACAGAUGGACCAGGUGGGACAGGCCAGUACACCCACAAGGUCUACCACAUUGGCAUGCACAUUCCUAGCUGGUUCCGCUCCAUCUUGCCCAAAGCAGCACUGAGGGUUGAAGAGGAGUCCUGGAACGCCUACCCUUACACCCGCACCAGAUACACCUGUCCCUUUGUUGAGAAAUUCUCCAUCGACAUUGAAACCUACUACAAACCCGACACAGGCAACCAAGCUGACGUCUUCAACAUGUCUGCAGCAGAGAAAAGGCAGAGGACUAUCGACCCAAUCGACAUAGUGACAGAUCCCAUUCCCCCUCAUGAGUACAAGGCAGAGGAGGACCCACGGCUCUACAAGUCUAUGAAGACUCAGAGGGGUCCUCUGCGAGAUGACUGGAUAGAAGAGUACAACAACAACCCAGGGAAGACCCCCAUCAUGUGUGCCUACAAAUUGUGCAAGGUGGAGUUCCGCUACUGGGGCAUGCAGUCAAAGAUCGAACGCUUCAUUCACGAUGUUGGACUGAGAAAGGUGAUGGUGCGUGCCCACCGGCAGGCCUGGUGCUGGCAGGAUGAGUGGUACGGGCUGACCAUGGAGGACAUCAGGCAGCUGGAGCUGGAAACCCAGCUGGCCCUGGCCAGGAAGAUGGCCCAGUUCAGCCAGGCAGAGGAGGCCACCGAGGCCAAUGGAGGUGCUCCGUCUCCAGACAAAGACCAAGAAGUUAAAGAGGCGAUCAGCUCCAUUGAAGCUGAGGAGGUGGUUGUCAGCUCAGGAGGAGGAGAGACUCUCCAGCCACGAGGUGUACUCACCAAGCAGUGGUCCACCUCAUCCCGAUCAUCCCGCUCAUCCAAGAGAGGAGUGAGCCCGUCACGUCACAGCAUCUCAGAGUGGAGAAUGCAGAGCAUAGCGCGAGACUCGGACGACAGCUCCGACGACGAGUUCUUCGACGCUCAUGAGGAUCUCUCAGACGGCGAGGAGGUCUUCCCAAAGGAAAUCGCCAAGUGGAACUCCAAUGACCUCAUGGACAAGAUUGAAGCCGCAGACACAGAGGAAACUCCUGGUGAACUGUUCAAGGAAAUGACCGUGGACUAUGAAAGAGCAACCAGUGAGGAAAGAUUAGAUGAGGAGAGCUCGUCCCAGCAGUGCCUGCAGCCUUCCAAGAUCCAUGUGCUGAUCUUGGUCCUGCACGGAGGGAACAUCCUGGACACAGGCGGAGGGGACCAGAACAGCAAGCAGGCAGACGUCAACACGAUUAGUACAGCUUUUGACACAGUCAUGCGUGUUCACUACCCUGCUGCGCUGGGACGCAUCGCCAUCCGCUUGGUACCCUGCCCUGCCAUCUGUGCCGAGGCCUUCUCCCUAGUGUCCAACCUGAGCCCUUACAGCUAUGACGAGGGUUGCCUGUCCAGCAGCCAGGACCACAUCCCGCUGGCAGCUCUGCCACUCCUGGCUACCUCUGCUCCACAGUACCAGGAGGCUGUGGCCACUGUCAUCGUCAGAGCCAACCAGGUGUACUCUGAAUUUAUAAAGUCUCUGGAUGGGUCUGCCUUCUCCGGCCAGGUUUGCCUCAUUGGGGACUGUGUGGGAGGAAUCUUGGGAUUUGAUGCCCUGUGCAGCAGCAAUCAAACAGUAAAUGAAAGUCAGAACAGCAGUCGCAGGGGCAGCGUCAUCAGUGUACAGGAUCAGGACCUCCUCUCUCCUGGCAUCAUUGUCAACAGCGGGCACGGGUCAUCCUCUCCUACCCUGGAGGGCAGCCGCCACCUCAGCCGCAGUAACAUCGACAUUCCUCGUGCCAGUGUGGGUGACGACACUAAGAGACAACUGCCACGCAAGAGAAGUGACUCCUCCACCUACGAACUGGACACAAUAAAACAGCACCAAGCCUUCCUUUCCAGCUUACACUCGAGUGUCUUGCGGAACGAUGCUGCUUCACGCAGGUCGAGCAGCAGCACUAUGCUGGACGGAGGCUCCCUGGGGAAGUUUGACUUUGAGGUGUCUGACUUUUUCCUCUUUGGCUCUCCGCUGGGCUUGGUACUCGCCCUGAGAAAGACUGUCAUUCCUAUGCUAGAUGUGGCCCAGCUGCGGCCUGCCUGUCAGCAGGUCUAUAACUUGUUCCACCCAGCCGAUCCCUCAGCCUCCCGCCUGGAGCCUCUUCUGGAGAGGAAAUUUCACCUCCUGCCUCCUUUCAACGUGCCCCGUUACCAACGUUUUCCCCUGGGAGAUGGCAACUCUGCCCUACUGGUGGAGACAGUCCAGAGCAACGCUCAGCUGCUACUUGACAGCGGGCCUCCCCUGUCCCUUCGCUGUCAGGAGACCAUCAGUGAGACCUGCAUCCCUGUGCCUGUGCUAAACUGGCAGGAGGGCUCCCUCAAAGCCACACCCGCCACUAUGGAGUCGGAUGUUGUUCAGUCUCAUGGUGGUGUCUUCAUGGACAGUUCGUACCCCUCAUCCCCCGUAAUGGGCCCCCUCUCCCGGGGCCAGCGGAGGGCCAGUGAGGUCAGCAUUGCCAGCCAGGUCUCAGGAAUGGCAGACAGUUACACUGCCACCAACAUAGCCAACACCAAAUCAUGCCAAAUUAACCAAUCCAAAAAGUUCAGCCUUUUGUCCCAACUGGCCCUAUCAUCACAAAAUAGAUUCUUCCUGAAAAGUCCUCCUAAGUCCCGUAAGAAAGCAGCGCCUGGCCAGGCUGCAGGAUCUCCUGAUGCAGAUCUAGGGGCAGAGCUGGACGGUGAGGCAGACACUAGCGAAGGUCUAAGUCCCACUGGCCAGUACGAGAACUGCCUGUCAGCGGGGCUGGACUGUGCUAUAUCUGAUCUGGUCUCGCUGGACUCCCAGGCUGAAGUGGAGCAAGUUGCAGCACGCUGGUGGGGCACAAAGCGGCUGGACUUUGCCCUGUACUGCCCCGAUGCUCUGACAGCUUUCCCCACAGUGGCUUUACCACACCUCUUUCACGCAUCAUACUGGGAGUCUACGGAUGUUGUGUCUUUUCUAUUGAGACAGGUUAUGAGGCAUGAAAACUCCAGCAUCCUGGAGCUUGAUGGGAAAGAAGUGUCUGAAUUCACCCCCUCCAAACCUCGAGAGAAGUGGCUCCGCAAGAGGACUCACGUAAAAAUCAGGAAUGUGACUGCCAACCACCGGGUGAAUGAUGCCGUGUUUACCGAGGACAGCCAGCAGGUCGUGACAGGUCGCUUCAUGUACGGCCCCCUGGACAUGGUCACUUUGGCCGGGGAGAAGGUUGACCUCCAUAUCAUGACCCAGCCUCCAUCAGGAGAGUGGGUCUACUUCAACACAGAGGUAACCAACAGUAGCGGCCGUGUGUCCUUUAUCAUCCCAGAAGACAAGCGUCUGGGCAUCGGGGUCUACCCAGUUAAAAUGGUUGUCAGAGGUGACCACACAUUUGCAGACAGCUACCUGACAGUUAUUCCACGUGGCACAGAGUUUGUGGUAUUCAGUAUUGACGGGUCUUUUGCUGCCAGUGUGUCAAUCAUGGGCAGUGACCCCAAAGUGCGGGCAGGAGCUGUGGACGUUGUCAGGCACUGGCAGGAUUUAGGCUAUUUGAUCAUCUAUGUGACGGGACGUCCAGACAUGCAGAAGCAGCGGGUGGUGGCUUGGUUGUCUCAGCACAACUUCCCUCAUGGCAUUGUGUCUUUCUGUGACGGCCUGGUCCACGACCCGCUCAGACACAAGGCCAACUUCCUCAAGUCCUUAACAGAGGCUCACAUGAAGAUUUUCGCUGGCUACGGCUCAACCAAAGACAUUUCAGUCUACACGUCCAUUGGCCUCCCUCCUUCCCAAAUAUACAUUGUUGGCAGACCCUCCAAAAAGAUGCAGCACCAGUGCCAGUUCAUCACAGAGGGAUAUGCAGCUCAUUUGUCCCAGCUGGAGUACAAUCACCGUUCUCGGCCAGCCAAGUCCAGCAGCGCACGCAUGGUGCUACGCAAAGGCAGCUUCGGCCUGGGCGCAAACAGCGACUUCCUGAGGAAGAGGAACCACCUGCUGCGCACCAUCUCCUCCCAGCCAGCCCCCAGCUCCCCAACAGGCAGCAUCCACAACAGACCAGAGCGCACACAGAGCCAGUCAGACAGCGAGCGGCUGGAGCGGGAGCGGCUGGAGCGCCAUCACAGCCACACCCAGGGAGCAACCCAGCGCAGCAUGAGCAUCACAGCGAGCUGCUGGGGCCGCAGCAGCAGCACCAAGCUGGAACCAGGAGUUUUCAGCCCAAAAUGAGAUUAGAGAGACAAUGUGAGAGUACCUUCGACGGAGUGACUUACAGAUACAGUGCUGAGAAAGAGACACGUGACAUUAAGUUAAGUGGAAAGAGUGAAACACAGUUGGCUUGCACCAGAUGGGUAAUUAUCACAAGGAAAAUCACAGGUGCUACAAACCACUGUUUAUAAAACUAACGCCAGUCACACUUAUGGACAGAAGCUAUGGAUAUGUUUAUUACAAAACACACACACACACACACAACUCAACAGGCAUUUCAAGAAGCAUCUUUCUGAAGCAGGAACAUGCACACAAACAGACAUAGCUAAUAUUGUAGAAAUCCAGACUGUUUCUACUCUUUAGUAAAUAUUUAUCAGUCUUGAAUACAUGGUCAGUUUUUCCUCCUCCUACAGGCUUCUGAGUUGGAGAUGGUUACACAUAAAAGCACCCCCAUGCUGUAACACUGCAGCAGACAACACAAAGUGGUUACAGACGGCUUGUAUCAGGUCUGAUACUGCACUGCAGCUGACUACUGGGGCCACUGCAAGCACAACAGUUACUAUAGAGAUAAACUCUGUGAAUAUGUCCUUUUUGUGUGAUAAUCAGAUAUGUUGUAGUCUGAGAGGAGAGCUGAGAAUCAGGUCAAACUGGACUGAAUGCGUUGCAUUUUCUGGGUGUUACCACACCAACAGCCAUUUAGCCCAAAUUAAUCUUUGCUGGAAUCUUUUUUUUUUUUUUUUUAAGAAAAUCAUUGUCAUUCAUCAACAAUACAGAGUGGUGUUUUAGUGAGUUGUAAGCCAACUAGAAAUGAUUUGAUCGAGAGCAGUGACUUCUUGCAUAUGCUUCAAAUGUUUACAAUCAGCACUGACUAAACAAUGUUUCACCAAACCAUACAGUCCAGUUUUGCUUAUUUUCUAGUCGUCCCUCAGACCAAAGAAGCGUCCAAAUAUCACAUCAAGCAAAGUUCGAAAUUUCCCUUUAACUGUGGUUGCAGCUGAAACUGUUCCUGGGUUUUUAUAGCAUCUCACCACAUCAUGCCAUACUGCGCUGCUGUACCUUCCUAAAUACGUAAUGUAUGACUCAGCUAUAGGGAAAACUCCUACUACUGUACGGUUUAAUGUGCCAAAGCAAACAGUAUAGAGUGAUAUGCUGUACAUGAACAGAGAGGAAAUGAUUUUGGUCUCCUGUGUAAAAAUGGAAUAGAUUGUGUAAGUAUAUAGUUGAAUGCCUUAACAAGGCUUGUACAUAAUUGUUAUAUUACACUUCAGAUCUGGUAUCUGGUCCACUGAAGACCAGUUUCAAGUGUCUUCUUUCCUCUGGGGGUAAACACCACCUCAUUCAGGAUACAAUUUAUUGAUUGAUGAUGAUGAUGAUAAUUAUUGUUAUUUAAGAUUAUAGAUAUUUUAAAAUGUAUUGAUUUUGUGAACAAAAUGUGUUUUAAGAUUACUUUAGCUAUGUUGUGUUUUUUUUUUUUUUUUUUCAAAUUUCAAAUUUCAGUUGCAGCAGCCAAAACUCAAAGAGGUCUUUGCCUGGCACAGUAUUGUAUUUUUAUUAUUUUAUCUUGCAGAUCACAAGAAUUGUAUCAACAGAACUGCUAUCUUGUGUCAUAUAUUGUAUGUUUGUUAUUAUCUAUUUUGGAAAUUUGGGAUAUGGCUUCUCUCUGGUUAUCCCUAAGCUGUAAAUGAGGCGUUGAAUGUGCUCAUAGAUAAUCCUCCUUAGGUUAUGGUCUCUUUCUCUGUUCUGCUGCGUCGUUAGAGGAAGAAAAAUCUGCAAAUUGUAAAUUCUGUACAAUAUGCUGUCAGAAGUAGGAACACAGAGCUAAGACUUUCUUUAUGCUGUUCGCCAUUUAUUUCUGAUUUAUUCACUGAGACGAUGUUUAUCUGUCCCUCUGAUCGGCGGGUACAGAGCUGACUGCAAUGGACCAAUAUGGGGCUCAGACGUGAGGGGAAACGUGCAAUAUUACUUAUAACCACCCCACAAGAUCAAACAGGCUGUGUUGAAGAAAUGUCACAGUGCACUGACAAUCAGUUGAACAGGCACAUACUCUACAGGCGUCGGAUCGCAGAGGGUAUCUCAACAUGUCUCCUGCACUACACAAACGCACAGGCACACAUGCGAGUCCAUUUUGCAAAGCAGAGAUUUCUCACAAAUAAGUGCCACCGACCUGAUACCGGCAUGGGUUAUUACAGCAGGUUUCCUCCUGUCAAUGCACACGCUUAGUAUUUGUUCUUGUCGUGAUGUUUCCAUUCUAGAUGAACCCACAUUAACAUUUAGUGUAAGACAGAUCCAAAAAUCCAACACUCAGUUGCCAGUUUAUUAGGUACACCCAUCCUAAAAAGGAUUACAGUCUAAUACAACAGCCCUGCAAUAAAACCUACCUUUUUAUGAAGGUCACGAUGUUCAGUAUUUGUUGGAACUUUUGUUGGAAGUGUUAAUUCAAGUGAAAGGUCAUUUUGGAGGCUGCAGUUCAUUGUGCUGUUGAAUUGCAUUGUGUUAUACUGAGAGGAGUUUCUAAUAUUUUGUCCACCACACAAUAUCAGUGUGGGUAGACUGAACAUUAGUGAGUGGACAUUCUAGUGCAAAGGUACCUCUAACCUCCCUAAUCCGGACUCUUUCUUCUGUCCAUGUUGUUCAUGCUGAACUUCUGUCCCUCUGCAUUUUGACUUUUUCAAGAUUCAGCUUGAAGCCAUACAGACGACUCCUAGGAAAGCUGCUAUUUGUACAUUUAUGGUAAUUAGAAAAAAAAAAAAGAAGAAGAGGCAAUGCUGGAAAACAUGCACUCGUGCAAA